AUGGGUGAGACUGCGUCGCUUCCAGCCUUCCGUGGCUUGCGCGGACUGGGCGGAGGGCCAAUGACUUGCUGCCAGCAUGCAACGCUCUCUGCGGAUUCGACUAACGAUGGCACUGGUGAGCGCUUACGCCCACGCCCUGAUGGAAUUGGUUGCGAGUCUGAGACAUCGGGGACGACAGACAAAUCAGACGAGAUGCCAACCUGGCUGCCUGCGUACUGUACGAGUGCACGGUCUGGCCUGGCCGCCUCCCAAGAUUACUUGGGGCCGCAGUCUGCGGAGAUUGGUGCUGGGUAUCAUGCUAUUUCCAACUGCCCCCCAUAUCGCUACUACUCUUUGUGUGACAGAAGAGGCUCGAGGGACACUCGUAUCUAUUAG